AUGAAACUUCUUGGCCAACAAGCAAAACGGAUCCAGACUUCCAACAUUGCUCCUACUUCCAUUCACGCCGGAACCCUAGUUUCUCCUCACCGUAACAACAACGCUUUACUUCUCCGUAUCGCUACGGCUUUAGAUCAGAAGACACCAGUCGUUCACGCCCUUGAGCAAUGGAAAGAACAAGGUAAUCAAGUCAAGCCUUCUGACCUAAGAUGCAUCAUCAAGAUCCUCCAAGAUUCCGAACGUUUCUCCCACGCCCUCCAGAUAUCUGAAUGGAUGAGUUCACAUCGUGUCUACACUCUGUUUCCAGAAGAUAUGGCAUCUAGGGUUUUGUUGGUAGAUACUGUUUUAGGUCUGAAAGAAGCAGAGAAGUUCUUUGAAACCAUCCCUGAGACCAUGAAGGACUACACAGUCUACAACACUCUCUUAACCUUGUACACAAGAGACGACACCACUCUUGAUAAAGCAGAAGCUGUUUUCGACCAGAUGAGAGAGCUAGGGUUUCUCUUGAAACCUACCCCAUACAACCUAAUGCUAUCUCUCUACAGUCCACUCAAACGCCAUGAUGACGUCAAUGACCUCCUUAGCGAGAUGGAAGAGAACAACGUCGAGCCAGAUGAUCUCACAGCGAACCACGCCCUCUUGGUAUACGCAGCUGUCUCAGACAUCAAGGCCAUGGAGAAGUUUCUGAGCAGCAACCAAAGGUUUAAACUAGAGUGGGGAACGUGCAUUGACAUGGCAAAGGCUUACUUGAAGUCAGGGUCAACUGAAAAGGCCUUGGCUAUGCUGCAUAGAACAGAGCUGUUGGUUGAUUGCGCGUCAAGAAAAGAGGUUUACGAGGAGCUGAUGAGAGUUUAUGGAGAUGUGGGAGAGAGAGAAGAUGUGUAUAGGAUUUGGGAGCUUCACAAGAACGCGGGGUCGAGUAAUGAAGGGUAUAGAGCUGUGAUAAGUGCGCUCUCGAGUAUAGGAGACAUGGAAGGUGCUGAAGUGAUAUAUAGAGAGUGGGAGCUUGGUGGUCUACCGUUUGAUGCUACCAUCCCUAACAUUCUCCUCUCUGGAUAUCAUGCUUUGGGGAUGGAGAGAAGACUAAGAACCUAA